GCUGGCCAUUAGCGACGGUACUGGUAAUUUUCUCUUUUUACCGAUUUUUAUCAGAAUUUCUCCCGGAUUUGUCUUCAUUUUCCCAAAUUGAUAGAACAAUACAUCAUGAGGCUUGUAAUCUUAGAUGACUAUACCCAGGUGUCAGAAUGGGCAGCCAAGUAUGUGAGAAACAAAAUCCUGAAGUUUAAUCCAGGACCUGAUAGGUAUUUUGUACUUGGUUUACCAACAGGAAGUACACCUCUUGGUAUGUACAAAAAGCUAGUGGAAUUCUGCAGCAAGGGAGAGCUUUCUUUUAAGUAUGUCAAGACUUUUAACAUGGAUGAAUAUGUUGCUCUUCCUCGUGACCACCCAGAAAGCUAUCACUCAUUCAUGUGGGAGAAUUUCUUUAAACACAUUGACAUUGAUCCUAGCAAUGCUCACAUAUUGGAUGGAAAUGCACCAGACCUUGUCAAGGAAUGUGAUAAGUUUGAAGUAAAGAUAAUUAAGGCUGGGGGAAUUGAUCUCUUUGUCGGAGGCAUUGGAAGUGAUGGUCAUAUUGCUUUUAAUGAACCUGGCUCAUCAUUAGUGUCGCGGACACGAGUCAAGACCUUAGCAAAGGAGACUGUUGUAGCCAAUGCUAGGUUCUUUGGAAAUGAUUUGUCCAAAGUGCCGACAAUGGCUCUUACUGUUGGUGUUGGCACAGUGAUGGAUGCUAGAGAGGUUCUCAUUUUGAUCAGUGGUGUAAAUAAGGCUUAUGCUCUGCGAUGUGCCACCGAGGAGGGUGUCAAUCACAUGUACACAGUGUCCGCCUUCCAGCAGCACCCCAAGACCAUUUUUGUAGUCGACGAUGAUGCCACCCUUGAGCUGAAAGUCAGAACAGUGAAGUAUUUCAAGGGCCUUAUGGAUGUUCACAACAAGCUGAUUGAGGAUCCUGAAGAUCCAUGUUCUCCUCCAAGUGCAAAGAGGUGUAAAUCUGUUACAGGAAAACUCACUGAUGGCAAAGUGUAAAUCAUGUAUUCUCGACCUUUCCCCCUCUCAGGCUCCCUAAUGUGCCCGUCUCCUCCCCCCCCCCCCCACCUAUUGUGUCUUAUCACUUUCAUUGCCUCAGUCUGUUUUUGAGAUUUGAAAAGCUUGAUCACAAUAUGUACCUUGCAAUUUAUACAAGAUGAUGUUAUUAUUAAUUCUUUAAUCCUUACAAAAUUUAACUCUUUCAAGUGGCAGUUUUAAGAUUUGCGAAACAUGUAACCUUAAACUAAAGGGACCACUAAAUGGUCCUUUGUCAGUCCUUAUGUUAAAUCCCCCCUUCCUUUCCCUUAAAGUUGCUUAAAAUAACUUCAGACUUCAAGGGCUACUAAUGCUUAGUAAGAUAAAGUUACAUUGUAGCUCAAGUUGAUACUAGUCAGCAUUAGUUAGUUUUCAAUUCAGUCUUGAAGUACAAUGUAGAUUGCAUUGCAGUGUUUUAAUUUACUUUGAAAUCAGAAUAUCUAGUCAUGUGUUUCUAUGACAGACAUUGUUGGCUCAAGUUGUAACUGCCCACUGUCACAGUGGAUUUGGAUGCAACCCCUCCCCCCGCCUCCCCCUUUGGCAAAUUUAGAGCCUCUGGUCCAAAUCUGUUAGCGGAUAUGCAUUCUAAGGGUGAAAAUUUGCUUGGGGUGUCUGCUUUUGCUACCAUCGCCACUAACAUAGGGCCUGCGAAAAUUGGGUAUGGAUCUCAACAGUGGAAAUUUAGUCGAUUUCAACUGGGUGUCCAUAUUUCCUAACCCACUGGUUUGAUCAUCUGUAUUAACCUAGAGCCUGAAACAGGAAAGAGGAGUUCCUCUCAUAGUGGUGUAUUUCAGUAUAACUCAACCCAAAACUAUUACUGAGAACCUAUUUCCUUGUGUAAAUUGAGUUAUUUACAAUUCUUAGAGUAAGAAAUAUAGAAACAGUGUGAACUAUUUAAAUUUGGUGUUCUCGGCGAGCUAGGACUUAAAGCAUUUGAUCUAUUUUUGUCAUGUAGAUGUUAAACUUAAAGCAGUAAAUGACAAGAGUAUUUUGGAA